AUGUUUUGGUUUUUCUAUGUUGAUGUGACUAUAUACACUCAAUCAGCAUUCCCAAUUGAAAAUUCCGAAGUCGUGGUUUAUAACAGAGAUUUGCCAUUUAAGAAGCAGUUAGAAAUUUCAAGAAAUUCUGAUAUUUUUAUUGGUAUUCAUGGUGCUGGUCUCACACACCUUCUUUUUCUUCCUGAAUGGGCAUCUGUAUUUGAAUUAUACAAUUGUGAGGAUGCCAGUUGCUACAAAGAUUUAGCUCGUUUGAAAGGUGUAAAAUAUUUUACGUGGGAGGAUUCAGAGAAACUAAUUCAAGAAGACCCGGGUAGUCACCCAAAUGGUGGUGCUCAUGCAAAAUUCACCAAUUACAGUUUCGACGUCAAGGAAUUCCUGCGUAUAGUUUUUCUCGCCGAGAAACAUGUCAAGAAUCACAAAGCUUUUCAAGCUUUCGUCGAAAAAGCUUUGAGUAAAGACUCAAAACGAAAAUCCAAAGACGAACUUUAAUUGAAGUAGCGCACAUAUUUAUUCCAAGGUGUAAAAAAAAUUGUAUCGAAAAUGAGAAAUCUGAUUUCUUACUUAGAAAUCAAUUUGACAAACUAGACGUAACUCUUUUGGAAAGUUCAAAGUCGUAA